CCAGCCCUGGUCGAGCUGCAUUUUGUUUAUUAAAUUUAAGCAUUGGACGACGCGAAAUGAUUGAGGCGCGCACGCUGCACGACGAGUCGAAGUUCCAGGAGUCCGGCCGGGAGAUCUCGAUAAAGGUGCUCCGCGGCGAGUACCGCCUGCUGCGGCGGAAGCAUGGCAGCACCGUGUGGCAGGUCUACCGGGAGGUAGUCCGCUCCGACGGAGCCAUCAUCAAUGGGUUCUACUUCUGCACAGGCUGCAAGCGCGUCAUGCGAUCCUUCAACACGUCGAACUUGCGCACCCACAAGUGCCACGUGGAGUACCUGCGGAGGCAGGAGCCCAACGCCGGGACGUUCACGGACGCGGAGCCCUCCGGUCAAGAGGAUGCUGAUCUUCCUCCGGAGAACCGCUUUGCCUGGAACAAUUUCAAGCCAUCGGAGUGGUCCUACCACGCAACUGAGAUGCUCCUUCAGCUCUGGGCAGCCAACUGCGUCGAUCUGCGGGACUCCCGUCGUCGCGUCAAGGUUAUCUGGAAAAUGACCGGCGAAAUGAAGUCCCUUCACUUCACUUUCACGGAAAUUAAGAACAAAAUUGAUGAUAUGUCCCAACGCUAUAGACGAGAAGCCCACCAGGAGAAAACAACCGGACAGCCAUCGCAGUGGGAGUACUACGAGACCCUAAACUUGAUAUUCAAUGCCGAAAAGAACCUAGUGGAGGACAAGCCUAGAAAGUCGGAUAACUCUGGCCAUGGAUCCACCAACGUAGGCGAAAAUAGUUCGUUUUCCAGUCAAAAUGAUGAAUCUUUAAAGGAUAAACAUUAUUUCAAGGCGCUAAAGUCGGGGCCAAUUAAAAAGGAUAACUUUGAUCUGGGCGAGGACCAAGAUGACUCCCAGGACGACGUGGAUGAACUUCGCAUUCUGAAGGACAACAUUAUCAGGGAAAUAGAAGAAUCCUCGACUGUACACUCGCAGGAGAACUAUGAGGACGAGCUGGAUCAACAAAACUCUACGAUCGAAGAAAUAAAGAGAACCAAACGCAAGAGGGCCGCCAGAAUGAUGGAAAUAGAGGAGGAAAAACUGGUCAUAGAGCGUAAAAAAUGUAAACUGAUGAAGUUCUUUGUGCGUGAGAUGUCGUCGUUCCAUAAGGACUUCAUGGAUCUUCUUAGUAGUCCUAGGGAAGCCUCAUAAAUACUUUCCUGAAACCCUAGUGAGCCGCCACACAAUACAAUUUUUGAUACGUUUAAAUAUAAUAUACUUCCUCAUACCUCAUUUCUUACUUGCAAACCGAUUUCUCGAAACAAAUUAACUUUAACUUGUCCGAAAAAGAAGUAAGGAAAACCACACUCCAAAGUAAUCAAUCGGCAUUCAAAACGGCAUGGCUAAAAUAUUGUGUAAUGUGGCAGUGGCUCAAUUUCAUAAUUUAAGAUAAUGUCAACAUGCAAAUAAAUACCUAAGAUAAUAAA